GGCUACAUAGUUGCUACGUUCUUGUCGCGGGCAAAUGCUAGAGCUGGGAUCUCAGUGAGGUCGUUGGAACGGCAACUCCGUCAACUGGACACCUGCUUGGAUUGUCUUUCUUUCUUUCUUUCUUUCUUUCUUUCUUUCUUUCUUUCUUUCUUUCUUUCUUUUCUCUUUUAGUCAGAAGACACUCCUUCCAUACUCUAUUUAUUAAAACAUUCGGAUACGUGAUUCUUCUCUUGGGAUGGUGUUAAACCGAGGAUAAGUGUGCAAGGGUGUUCCAUUGGCGGCGUAACGUCCGUGACCACGGGAUCGAACGGGCGGCGCAUUGAAACUAGGCUACGUUCACAACAUGAGCUGGCUGGCUCACCCCGUACGCCCGAGUCAGUACAGCGAGACGAUCGCCGAUAUUGGCGGCUCAGGUCUUCAUUCUGAUCUGGACUACGGUGACUUGUCCUCCUCAGAGGAGUCUCGCUGGUCGCCAGCCUUCAUCUUUUGUCUGUUUCUGCUGCUGCUCCUCUUACGGCGUUUGAACAUUCGACUUGUAAGCUUCGUUAUUUCGAUAUCUUCAGGCAUGUCUCUAUACAAGUUCAAUAUAGUGGUUUUCGGUUCAAGUAGAGUCGGGAAGACCUGUCUGACUGCGCGGUUUGCACCAAACGUCGAAAGGGGACACAGCAGUCCUAUCCAGGCCUCAUUUCAAAGAGCUAUCGAUGUAGACGGCCGUCAGGUUCUACUUGAGACCAUAGAUACAGAAGGCUUUGAGCCGGAGGAUACCAAUAACUGGAGGCCAAGGGACUGGUAUAUAACAGAAGGCCAGGGAUUUAUCCUCGUUUUCAGCAUACCGUCUCCAUCAUCGUUAGAAGAGCUCACCAAGGUGCGGGAAAACAUCCAGCACAUAAAGGGAGAUCUUACGGUUCCUAUGGUCGUCGUGGGAAACAAGGUAGACCUCCAACAGCAGCGGUCCACUUCCCGUCAGCGCGCUGUCGAUUUCGUCGCGGGCAUGCCGUACUUCGAAAUGAGCGCGAAAUGGAGUAUCAAUGUCGACGAGGUCUUGAUAGACCUUUGCAGGCAGAUGAUUCCAAGGAGCUGUCAGGGCGGACGAGCAGUGUUGGCGGUGGAUGGACAAUCCAGCGAAUCGGGGAAUGAGCAGGCAUAUGAGGAGCAGAGGCGACAAGGCAGAUGGAGGAUACGGCGCUUGGUUCCAUGGUUGGGUCCGUGAUUGGCUUCAGCGUUGGAUAUGGCA